GGCAAAGUGGAAAUGCUCACCAACAUGGAUGUAAGCACAUUUGUGCACCAAAUCUGAAAGAAAUAUGCUUUUUGUGCAUAUGGAACAUUUCUGGGAUCUGUCACUUUACAUGUUGCGUUUAUUUGGUCAGUAUUGUAAAGGAUAAUUAAUAGUUAUGAGCUGUCCUACAUAACUGCACUGAAAACAAAAAAGGAUAUCUAAGAAGUUUUAAACGAUUUAUUAGGGAUGAAAUAUGUUUGUCUGAUAUGUUUGUCGCCUAUCCUAUGGCAAUUUUAUUUGAUUGUCAUCUUAACUCACCAGAUGAAAUUAGCUGUAAUUCUAGUUAUCAAAGGAAUAGUUAUGCAUUGGUAGCGUAAUUGUAUGCGCACUGUACAGUUUGGUGCGUUCAUCUCUCCAAUUCCCAGAGAAGCCAACCCGUGAACAUUGAGCAACAUCAUGCGUUACUUGUGCGACUAUUCUCCUUGUGCUGCCAUGAUGAAUGUGGUUGAUACAUAUUAAUUUGAGAAACGACAAGCAGUCCAGGGAGAUAAGACGCUCAACGUUGAUACCUGUGAGAACUAUGAGUGGAGAGGUAACGAGAAGGAUUCGAAAAAGACAUGGAUUAAAAAACUUCAAGCAGAGAUGGAGUGAGCAACCUCAAGGAGCUGCCAAUGGGAAAGAGAAAGACGCCCCAACAUGUGACCUCAGCACUGUCCAGCCUAGUGAGGAUGAGGAGGUUGAGAGAGGUGCCCUCAAGAGGCUCAGCACAAUGUGGUCUUCAUUCCGGGCCAAGCUCAACAGAGAUCAGGUGAAGGAGCCAUGUCAUGAGUCUCUGGAUUCAGCCCCAGUGGACACCACAGCCAGGGAGCAGCGCUACAUGAGCGGGCACUACUUCUUUGAGUACCUGGUGGUGGUCAGCCUCAAGAAGUCCAAAGAGGGGGCCUACGAGCCGCAGAUCACCUACCAGUUCCCCAAGAGGGAUGGGAUGGUGAGAUUCCAAAAAGAGGAGGAAGAAAAGACCCUGAAGGCCAUCACACUCUUCUGUUUCCCUGAGGGGAUCAGCUGGGCCCCCCUAACAGAGUACCACAGUGAGACAUUCUCCUUUGUCUUGACUGAGAUCGAUGGCAGUAGAAGGAAUGGAUACUGCAGAAGGCUACUGCCCCACGGCAACGGAGCGCGCCCCCCUGAGGCCUUCUGCAUCAUUAGCAGGCUGGCUUGUUUCGGACUCUUCUCCAAGAUCUUUGACGAGGUGGAGAAGCGACACCAGAUCUCCAUGGCGAUGAUUUACCCAUUCAUGCAGAGCCUUAGGGAGGCAGCGUUCCCCGCCCCAGGCAACACUGUCAAGAUCAAGAGCUUCGUUCCUGACAAGGGCACCGAGAUCAUCAGUCUGACGCGUCCGUUGGACUCGUGGCUGGAGCACGUAGACUUCCGCACGCUCUUCCGUUGCUUGACCAAUGAGGAGGUGGUGCUGGUGUUCGCUGCUGCCGUUAUGGAGAGACGCAUUGUCUUCAUAGCCGUGGAGCUCAGCACCCUGUCCCAGGUGAUCCACGCUGUGGCCGCCCUCCUCUAUCCAUUCACCUGGCAACACACUUUCAUCUCCAUAGUCCCUGAGAUCCUCAUCGACGUUGUUAUGGCCCCCACUCCCUACCUGCUGGGAGUGCAGAAGCGGCUAAUGGAUCAGGUCACGGACCAGACCGACCUCCUUGUGGUGGACUUGUCAGAGGAUCGGAAGGACACUUUCCUAGUUCAUAUCGGGGAUGAGAAGUCUAUUCUGCCCCCUAAGCUUCAAGAUGAAAUACUGCAGGCACUAAGAAACAGGAAAGAAAAAUCCACCGUGGAGGAGCUGAACAGCGUGGUCUCGGAAGCCUUCCUGCCCUUUUUCGUGAAGACUGUUGGCCAUUUUGAUUUGUACGUGACGCGGAACAGCAAGGGCCAGCCAGGGGUGUUCCAGAGCAGAGCCUUCUACAAGACCAUCAAGUCCAAGACCACGCGGCACUUUGUCAAGAAGUUCCUCCAGACCCAGAUGUUUGACCUGUUUAUCCAGGAGGUGGAGCAGCAGCCAGCGAACCCCCAGCAAGGAAUUUUCCACAAAAAGAUUGUUGAAUACCAGGAACAGAAGAAAAAAGAGAAGGCAAAGAAGAGACACUAAACUUGAGAGAGGCAAAGGUGGAGUCAUGCGUCCUCUGAAACAUGACCUGCCUAACCGCGCUCCUUAACACCCGCCAGCUUAACCCGGAAGCCAGCCGCGACAGGAGGAAACACCGCCCAUCUGGCGACCGGGAUCAGUCUGCUGGCACCCGGCCCGCCACAAGAAGUCACUAGAGCGCGAUGAGCCAAGUAAAGCCCCCCCCCCCCCUGCCAAACCCUCCCCUAAACCUGACGACGCUGGGCCAAUUGUGAGCCGUCCUAUGGGACUCCCAGCCACGGCCGGUUGUGGCACAGCCCCUCGGGAGACCCAGUUUGAUUUAUUUAUCUGAAUGUGAGCGAGAGUAUGUGUGUGAGGGGUUGGGGUAACAGUGGUUAUUUUUAAUGUGCUGCUACUGUAUAAAAUAUAAACGUAACAUGUAAAGUGUUGGUCCCAUGUUUCAUGAGCUAAAAUAAAUCAACCCUAGGAAUGUUCCAUACACACAAA